AAAUUUAUGCGUUAUGUAAACAGUAUAUUUUAGCUAGAUCCACUUUUUGAAGUACAAUCUAUGCUGCCUGAUAUAAGAAUUUAGUAUGUGUGAAAGUAACAAAUUCCACCAGGCCAUGGAUAUGUGUGUCUAAAGCCAGUGGCUCGGUCGCGAGUUAUGUUUUUUCCGCUUGAUAGCGAAGUGCAGCUUCGCCUCUGUAUAGGUUUGAUAUAUUCAGUUUCGUGUUGCGUCAACUAUUUUAGAGUAUUGCAAUGGCAUCUAUUAAUGAGGAAAUCGUUCAAGAUACGGUUGUUACUGUAUCUAAUUUAGCUAGUAGUGUUGAUGUUGAAUCCGUUACUGAAGAUUUGGACCAUAAAUUAAGCGAAAAUGGCCGCGUUGACGUUGAUUUGGAUAGUCCAGAAAGCGCUGACAACAAUAAAACACUUUCAAAAAACCAACAGCGGAAGUUGAGAAGAGAAGAAAUGAAAUUAGUUUACCGGCAGAAGCGAAGAAUAAAAAAUCGAGAGGCAAGAAAAUUACAGAAUAAAAUGAAAUACGAAAAAGUAGUAUUAGAGAAUACUUCUAGCGAAAGUUUAAACGAUAAAACAGAUGAGAAAGAAGAAGAGGAAGUCAAAAUAGUUUCGAGGAAAGAGUUGGUCAAUCAGCAGAAAAUGGAGAUAAAUAUGAAGUUGAGAAAAGCGAAGAAUAGCGCUCCAAAAGUUUGCAUCGAUCUGAGUUUUGAUUCGUGUAUGAACGACCGAGAGCGCAGUCAACUUUCUGACCAUAUUCAACGUAUCUACGGGUCAAACAAGAAGUCUACCCGUCCAUUUCACGUCAUUCUCUGCAAUUUUUCCCACCACAAUCCAAUUUACGACACAUGUAUCAAGAAACAUCACGGAUUUCUAAACUACAUCAUUGAUUUCUAUGAAAAAGGUGUGCUAGAUGUUUACUCAAACGAAGAAAUUAUUUAUUUAACCCCUGAUUCUGAAAAUGUCUUGGAGAGUUUAGAAAACGAUAGAGUUUAUAUCUUGGGAGGCUUGGUCGAUUUGUCGGUGAAAAAGAAUCAAACCAUGGAAUUCGCUUCAGCUCACAAAAUCAGAACUGCCUGUUUACCCAUACUGAAGUACAUGCAAAUGGAUAAGCGAACGGAUAAUAAACACAGUUUCAAGCGCAUUUUGAGCAUCAAUCAAGUUUUCGACAUUCUGCUAAAGUUUUAUGAAACUAAUUGUUGGGAGAUGGCAUUGGAAUAUGGAAUGCCCAAAAGACAUGGAUACUACUUGCCUGAAAACGAUAAAGAUAUUGUUCCGAAUCUUGACUGAAAAAAGAGCUAAUUGAAAAACUACCGUUCGUUAUGAAUUUUGCUUCAAGCGAUUUGAGUGCGCGCCAGAGACAAAUAAAUGAACAAAAACUUGCAACCUGAAUGGAACUUAAAAACAACAUUGAGAGAAAUAAACUUUACAUACUAUAGUUUCCAUUUUUGAAAAUGAAAUGACUUAUUGUGGCUAAACAAGUGUUUGUUGAAAACAACUCGCCGAGUAGGUUUGA